AUGGCUGCUCCCGAUGCUCGUGGAUACAUGGCCACUUGGUCCAGUCCAGCAUUGAACGAUAACCUCAGGCGUGAAGGGAUUGUCAACGGCAUGUGGGCAGGGAUCAUAAACACCUAUUUCAACAUCUCAGCCAACCCUGCUCCCGCACCUGUUGGUACGACGAUGCUCGCCGCCGAGGUGACCAGUUUCAAUAUGGAGAAGAGGGCUGACCUAGUCCUGUAUGAUGUCGUGCAGGCCCCCGGAGGUGGGGCAUUGCGCAUCCGCAUUGUCUACGAAGGCAAAGGGGGAGAUUCUAACGAGACUCUUACAAAUGCUCUAACCCAAUGCGAGGCAUUUGCGGCGGCCCAGGUCAGAGAUCAACUCGCAAAUGGUGAUGUUUGCUUCUUUAUUGCGGCAAAAGGGACAAAGGCCAAGAUGCGAGUUGCAAAACGCUUGGACAGGGAUAUCAAUAGCAAGGCCCUUAAAGCUACUGUCAACCCGGGUGGACUCGUGACGAUGUCCAACGGAGGUGAAAACAACGCAGAGGCUGGGACCGAGAUCGACGUCAGUACGGCUUCGGGCAGGGACAUUGUCCAUGCAGCCAUGGCAAGAAUGGUUGUUCAGUUGGGAGCAAAGAAUUACAUUUGGUAG